AAAAUCAAGAACCAUGUCUGAGGAUCCGCUCAUCGCACCAAUUUCAGCUUUUGUAACGAAAUGCAUGAAAGAUUACGAUCCAAGCCAUAAUCCAGCGCAUAUCAAUCGCGUUGUGAAUCUUGCAUUGCGAAUCCUCCAGUCUGAAGAGGCCAAAACGCCCAAGCCCAUAGACAAACUCACCGUCCACCUUGCGGCCCUACUGCACGAUAUCAGCGACAGGAAGUAUCUUCCCCAAGAUUCAGAGCAGGACGCAAAUACAAUCCCCCCGCACAAACUAGUCGAGUAUAUCCUCCUCAAGCAUGGCGCUGAUGCGACCCUGGCCCAGCGCGUACAAACGAUUGUUUCGCAUGUCUCGUAUACGACGGAGUGUAAAGACCCGUCAGCUAUAAGGCGGUUGAUUAAGGAUGAAGGGCUGGUUGAGCUGGCGAUUGUGCAGGAUGCAGAUCGGCUGGAUGCGCUGGGCGCUAUUGGGAUCGGACGGUGCUUUACGUUCUUGGGUGCGAAAGGAAGGGAUAUGUUAAAGGAGGGUGAGGAGUGGGAAAUGGAGAAUUCGAUAAGGCAUUUUGGCGAGAAAUUGGAAAGAUUGGAGGGAAUGAUGAAGACGGAGACAGGGAAGAAGAUGGCUAGGUCCAGGACGGAGAGGCUGGUGGAAUUUCGAAGGUGGUGGGAGGAGGAGAUUGGGGAUAUUUCUUCUAACUGAGAUUGCGUGGACUAUUCUCGUCUAUUCUCACAGGUAUGUAGAUAACAUGCGCACCAAAGAAAACAAAAUGAAUGUAGAGCUCGUCAGGCCAGUGUUGAACGAAACAGCGCUGUCGUGCAGAUUA